UGCUCCUCCAAAGCAGUAGGCGGGAGUAAGGGUCAUCUCGGAGUGUUUGAGAGAUAAAGCUGGAGUGUUUUAUGGCGGCGGUUACAGUGUUUGAGGAGUGAAAUGGGGCCGUUUUAUUGUGAAAUAUGUCGCCAAACCGACUUCUCAGGGAAGGGACACAUCUAUGGGAAGAGUCACCAGAGCAAACUUAAAGUCGUGCUGGUGAAAUUCCUGGAGAAGGUGAAGGAGGCGCGGCGCUGUAUUAAACGUCCUCAGGUGGAGAAGUUUGACGCUGUUGAACAUGAGCAGAAGUUCUGGUGUUACUGCUGUCAGCAGGAGAUACAGAAACAUGUCACUGACGGCAGAGUCACCGUGCUGCACGGAGCCCUGCUGGAACACAUGAGCACGCGAGAGCACCGCACCAAAACGCAUGCGUUCUGGUGGAAAAACAAAGCAGAUCCCAAGCUAAAGGAGAAAUUCAUCAUCACAGAGGAAGAGGCUGAAAGGUUAAAGGAAGAAGUCGCCAAAACUCUGGAGCAAUAUGAAGAGAAAGAGGACACACUUCUAAAAGAGCAAGCUGACAUUAUCAGAUCCCAGGAGCAUCACAGGCUGGAGGUGUUGCAGUCUCUAAGAGAGCCUGAUCCAGAGUCACAGGAGCCUGCUGAACACAACCAGCAGGAAAUGGAGCAGACAGCCUGCAUGAGUUCGGACACUGCAACAAGCUUCUAUGUUGCAUCAUAUGGACAUGCACAGCAGGCAGGACCCAGCCAUGAGGACCCUUUCAUGGAGGAUCUUGGACACGGCCUGACCUUCAUUGGCCAUCAGGACUCCUCUGGAUGUGGGAACAUUCACACAGGAGCUGUGCCUCCAUGGCUGCUUGAGGAUCCUGAGGAUGAGGAAGCGGACAGCUUGCAAAAGGAGAUUGGCCCGUCUGUGCAGGAGUUCCUUAAACAUAAAGAGCAAGAGAAGCUUAAAAAACUUCCGCCCAACCGGGUGGGGGCCAACUUUGACCACGGUUCUCACACUGAUGCUAACUGGCUGCCCUCUUUUGGACGAGUGUGGAACAGUGGCAGGCGCUGGCAGUCUAGACACCAGUUCAGACAAGAGGAAGCACAAAGUGGACAAAAGAGAAAGAGGGAGAAUGGAAAGAAGGCAACAAAGAAGCAAAAACACCUCAGUAAUGGAGAUUUAUAAACAACAUUUAAAUGUGUGUGCGUGUGUAUAUAUAGUCAAGAAUUUCAGGUACCUCAAGGUUAAAGUGUGUUCUGUUGGUUUGCUCUCACCUCUCUCCCUUCCAAGCAAAUGGGAAAUAGUCUGCCAGGGUUUUUUUUUUUUUUUUUUUUUUACUUAAAUGUAUUUAUAUAUAUGUUUGUUUAGAUUUGGCCUCCUUCACACAAAAAUGCUGUUUUGGUCACUAAAAACAGAGCUUUUUGAAAACAUUCCAUAAAGUGAUUUUUUUGGGGGGGAAAAAUGCUGACAUCCUAAUGUGUACACAUUUCUGGCUGAUUCAUUCAUUUUCUCUUUAUACUCCCUAUACAGUGAACUCUGUCAUAAAACUUCACACCUAUACUUUUUAGAUUAACAUGUAAAUGUAUUAUUAAUACUACUGUCAAACAAGUGUAUAUGGCCCUCAGUAAAUUCAUAAUUUGCAUUAUACACUAGUUAGUUCAUGGUCCCACUGUGAGGUCCUGUUUUUGCAAGUGUUUUUAGGGAGGGAUGUUACCGUGUACAUAUAAGUGAGAUCUCAGACCAGGGUCAACUGAAAAGUUAUCAAGAGCAAACGUCUUAGUCUGUGUACAGCUUUUCUCACAUUGAGAAACAUCCUUACACAUUCAUUUAUUAUGUAAUUAAGUAUUUUCUUUUGACCCUUCCCAUCUUUUUUUAAGUAAAAAUAACAGGUUGCAAUCACUUCUCAGAUCUGAACAAACACCAUGCAGAAAGCAGUGACCAGGAUGAGAACUCAUGUUCACUGUGUGUUUCCAGUUUAUUGAAUAAAUUUGCAACAUAUAAAGUG